UAUCAGACUUUGUCAAUAAAGUUACGUUCAAGAUGAACUUUCCGGAAGGGCUAAGAAGGCCGUGCCGCAAGGCAUUAGAGGGAUUGUAGUCUCCCUGGACGCUCCCGGCUACGCGCCACCCUGUGGUCUCGCCGAGAAAGGGCCGGAAGCCGAAAUGGGGGGGCGAAGAGGAAGACGGGGGCAGCAAUCCGGAAUCGCUGGGUCACGGAACUUGUAGUUCACAGUGGGCGCCUCCGCCAUGUACCUCCGCGCCCGCGCAGGAUAACCGGACUACCAUACCCGAUAGGCCAUGCGCGCGAGGCCAGGGGAAGCCGGCUGUGGGCUUCGAACAAAUCAAAUCGAAGAAAAGAAACUGCCGGCUUUCAAAAUCCUCCUUCUCCGCCAUCAUCCGUCGCGGUGUGGGGAGCAGGUGGUGUGUGCGACGUGAGUGACUAGAAGCGGCGGGAGAGCGGAGAGACGAACGGGCUGGGCAUCAAGACUGCUGGGCCCGGAGGAGCGACCCCGACUUGACCUGACCCGGACCCUAAAUCGGUCCCCGUCCAGCCGAGCAGUCGCGUGCGUUCGGGUCGCCCCACGCGGCGGCGCCGCCUGUUUACGAUUGCACAUCUCCAGGGGACUCCACCAACAUGGCCUCCGAAGACAUUGCCAAGCUGGCAGAGUCGCUGGCCAAAACCCAGGUGGCUGGAGGACAGCUGAGCUUCAAGGGCAAGAGCCUCAAACUCAACACUGCAGAAGAUGCUAAAGAAGUGAUUAAAGAGAUUGAAGAAUUUGAUGGUUUAGAGGCUCUGCGCCUGGAGGGCAACACGGUGGGUGUGGAAGCGGCCAAGGUCAUCGCCAAGGCCUUGGAGAAAAAAUCAGAGUUGAAGCGGUGCCACUGGAGUGACAUGUUCACUGGGAGACUGAGGUCUGAGAUCCCCCCAGCCCUGAUCUCACUCGGGGAGGGACUCAUCACAGCUGGGGCCCAGCUGGUGGAGCUGGACCUGAGUGACAACGCAUUCGGGCCCGAUGGCGUGCGAGGCUUCGAGUCCCUGCUCAAGAGCUCGGCCUGCUUCACCCUGCAUGAGCUCAGGCUCAACAACUGUGGCAUGGGCAUCGGCGGUGGCAAGAUCUUGGCAGCAGCUCUGACUGAGUGUCACCGGAAAUCCAGUGCCCAGGGCAAGCCGCUGGCCCUGAAGGUCUUCGUGGCUGGCAGAAACCGUCUGGAGAACGACGGAGCCACUGCUUUGGCAGAAGCUUUUGGGAUCAUCAGGACCCUUGAGGAGGUCCACAUGCCACAGAACGGGAUCAAUCACCCUGGCAUCACUGCCCUAGCCCAGGCUUUCGCCAUCAACCCUCUGCUGCGGGUCAUCAACCUGAACGACAACACCUUCACUGAGAAGGGGGCUGUGGCCAUGGCCAAGACCCUGAAGACUCUGCGGCAGGUGGAGGUGAUCAACUUCGGGGACUGCCUGGUGCGCUCCAAGGGUGCCGUGGCCAUUGCAGAUGCAGUCCGCAGGGGCCUGCCCAAACUGAAGGAGCUGAACCUGUCCUUCUGUGAGAUCAGGAGGGAUGCUGCCCUGGUCGUGGCCGAGGCCAUGGGGGACAAGGCCGAGCUGCAGAAGCUGGAUCUCAAUGGCAACGCCCUGGGUGAAGAAGGCUGUGAGCAGCUGCAGGAGGUGCUGGACAGCUGCAACAUGGCCGAGGUGUUGGCCUCCCUCAGUGAUGACGAGGGUGAGGAUGAUGAGGAGGAGGAAGGAGAGGAGGAGGAGGAAGAAGAGGAAGGAGAAGGAGAAGAGGAGGAGGAAGAGGAGGAGGAGGAAGAGGAGGAGGAGGAAAAGGAGCCACAGCAGCGAGGGCAAGGAGAGGAGUUGGCUGCACCCUCAAGGAAGAUUUUGGACCCGAACCGUGGGGACCCAGCUCCCGUGCUGUCCUCCCCACCUCCCGCAGACGUCUCUACUUUUCUUGCCUUCCCUUCUCCCGAGAAGCUGCUGCACCUUGGGCCCAAGAGUUCUGUGCUGAUAGCCCAGCAGACUGACACUUCUGAUCCUGAGAAUGUGGUCUCUGCCUUCCUGAAGGUGUCUUCAGUCUUCAAAGAUGAAGCCAUAGUGAGGACAGCUGUGCAGGAUGCAGUAGAUGCCUUGAUGAAGAAGGCCUUCAGCUCGUCUUCCUUCAACUCCAACGUCUUUCUCACCAGGCUCCUCAUCCACAUGGGUCUGCUCAAGAGUGAAGACAAGAUUAAGGCCAUUGCCAACCUGUACGGCCCCCUGAUGGCUCUGAACCACAUGGUGCAGCAGGACUAUUUCCCCAAGGCCCUUGCACCCCUGCUGCUGGCAUUCGUGACCAAGCCCAAUGGCGCCCUGGAAUCCUGCUCCUUCGCCCGCCACAAUCUGCUGCAGACGCUGUACAAGGUCUAGACGUGAAACUGGCUCUUCCCUGUCCUCGGCCUGGACCAGUGGCUGGAGGCAGGGCCUUGGAUGAACUGAGCUGCAGCCCAUCCCGCAGUCCCUGUGGGUGGGACUCUGGCCAGAGGCAGGGAGGGUCUUUGUUUCAUGUGUCGUGUGGUCCGUGAGUGUGUGUGCCGGUGUGGGUGCAUGUGCAGAUGUGUGCUUCCUGACUGGAUUUGGGUUCUUAGUGUCUCCUUGCCGGACUGGCCCUGGUCCCACUUUGGGGAGCUGGCCCCCAGCGGAGAGGGUAAAAGCUGCUCUGCCAUUAAACUUGCCGCCACCUGAGGGCGCUCUGCUGAUCUGUGGCUCAGGGUCCAGGCCCUGGUGGACCCACCUUGCCUGCCUUCCCCUCCUCGUGGGCUGUACCAAAGCUGCGGGGAGUGCUGUCCCUUCCCUCUGGGCCGUGGUCCGGCCGUGUUUCCCACCCUACCUGGGGCCGUGUACUCAGCGACCGCCAUCCCCACCAUCCGUCCCUGCUAUGCAGGCGGCUCAGCGUCUGGAACAGAGAUUGAUAUGGAUGGAGAUGUGAGGGUUGUCAGCCAAGUUUGCGGCCCUGGGCCCCUUGGCGUGCGCACAGGAAGAGAACCCAGCGGGCAGACUCCAGGUGGUCGGGAGCGGAAAUGGCUGGUGAUACACUGGAGCCCCCUGCUGACUGCUGAGAGUAUCUGGGACUCUCAGGCCUGCCCAGGCCUGUUCUCUAGCCCAGGUGGUGGGGGACAGGGUCCUCUGAUGCCUGAGCUGCAUCUCAGGGUUGUUCCCCAAGGCCCUCCUGGGGCCGGGGAGGGCUGGGGGCUGGACUGGACUGAAGAUGCCAUUUGAUCUCCUUUAGUAGCCCCAAGACCCCCUAGGCUUUCCCCUUCAUGCUCUCUAUGUGUCUGGGCUGUGCCCAGAGGCUUAAAUAAAGUCAUGUAUGGCAGCAACAGAGACUAAGAAACAUCUUUCACCCAGCGUGGGACAUUUUUGGGGCCACGUUACGUGGAGCCCCACCUCAGCUGGGCACUUAGCCGCCCAUCAGUCUACAAAGGACAGUCUGUCUUGGAGAAGAGGCCCUGUGCCAACCCCACAGCAGCACCUGAGCAGGCCUUUCCCUCUCUUGGCCUGGAUGUUUCCUUGUGGGCCUGGCAGCUCCCCUCUAACAGCUGGGCAGAUGGUGCCCAGGAACAGGGCACCUGGCUGGGGUGGCAGGGCAGAUGCCUGGGGCUUGCCCCCUCCCACCCAUGUGAGGUGUGCCAGGAAGGGACAGGUGGGUGUCUGGCCCUUGCCAGGCCCUGUUGUGAGCUCGGGUUGCAGGCACCGCUUGGGGAGCUCCUGGUCAGGAGGCCAACAGCUGUGGCCCAGCAUGGAGGUAGGAAGUGGUGAGGUAAAGAAAUCCUUCAAGAACCAGGGAUGCAAGAACUGAGUAUUGAAGUUCAAAUCUAAGGCCUGGAGAGUCUCCAGCCUAAUUGCGCCUUCCCUUGGAGUGAGCGUCACCUCGGACUGAGAAGAGAAGCAGCACCCUCAUUUGACUCCCUGACAGUCGUGCGGUGCCUGGCUUGAGUCCUCACAGGGAGGAGGGUCCUGUUGGUCCCAGGAGUGGAGGCUUCUGCCUGCAGGGGGCCCUCAGACGAGCCACAGGUUAUGGCUCCUGACCAGCCCCAGGUAGAGAGACGGGCCUGGGAGACCCGAGAUUUGCUGCUCACAGAGCAGUGGCCUCUGGAAUGUUCCCCAGACUCAGGUUUACAUAAGUCCUUAGGGCUCUGAGUGUUUGGGGGGAAGAGCAGCCAGCCCUGUAUGUGCCCACUCCAGGUCCCCCGGGACCACGUCUGGGCUCUCAGCGGCCUGGGCCUGCAGCAGGGCCUGUCUCAGCACAAGGCUGGGCCCACCACCGGGAGUUCAGUAGGCCAGUUCCACUCCAGGGUGUGUACUCUGGGCUAGAAGAACCCAGGGAGCAUGGCUGGUGACAGAUGCUCAAGACAGCAUCAGGAACAUGUAAUAAAAUGUCACAGUGUCAGGAUAUACAACAGAGAAUGCAUUAAUUAACUGCAGCUACAUGGGAGACGGGUAACUCCAUAGCCAUGCCGAGUGAAGAAAGUCUCAGUACAAUACCGUUAGUUCAAAAACAAGUAAACUGGACAUGCUUGGGCAUACAUGUGUGUGCUACUGUUACUACCAAUAAAAGAAUUCAGAGUAGGCGUUAGCCUAGGGUGGGGUGGGGGAGACAGAAUGAGCUGGUGGUAUGACUCAACACUGAUCCAAAUCCAUGCAACUAAGAUCCGUAUUUAAAAAAAAACUUUUUAUUUUUUACACAGAAAGUUCAAAUCAUAAAGAAAAUUUAUAUCAAAAUGAAAAACUGCCCUAUCCCACCCCCUCCAAAUCAUGAAGCUAAAAGACAAGGUAAGGGUGGAGGUGGCCUAAGGGUACAGGACUGAUGCACAGAACAGUGAACUGUGGUGUGUGCAGACAAUGGAAUAUUGAGCAAAUGUGAGAAGGAAUGAAGCUGUGAGACAUGCAACGG